UUAACAAAACAAACGAAACGAAAGAAAAAGCACGGAGAAUAUUAUUAAAAAAAUCUUUAAAAAAAUAAUAAAAAUGUAUUUAUAUUAAAAAAUAAUAAAAUAAAAGCGUUUAAUAUCAAAAUAAAAUUGAAAAAAUAAAUUUCAAAAUCAAUAAAUAAACAUGGUGGCCGGUGAUCGUUACUCCGAUUUACCCAAUAUCUCUGCAAACGCCAGUAUACCAGACGAUAGUGUUGAUUGUGGCAUACGUGUAUUGGGCUGGUGUCGUGGUCCCAGUUGUCUUAAAUAUGCACGUCUCCGUACAUUUGUUAUAGUUUUAGCCUGUGCUGGUAUUCUGCAAGGUGCCUGUGAAACAUAUUUUCGUAUAUCGGCCAAACAGGCUGCUUUUGAAAAUGGCUGGAAUGCUAUAGUAGUAGAAUGGCUGCUGGUGAGCAGUGGCAUAUUCCAGGCAAUUUUUGCUUUGGCCUUCGCCUACUGGGCUCAUCGUAUGCACCCAAUCAGUUGGUUAAGUGGCGCCAUAAUACUACAAUCUUUAACCUGUGUAAUAGCAGUGAUACCAUCUAUAAUGAAUUUUACGGAUGGUGUAAGACCUGCCUCAUUUGCAGUCGAUGAGGAAAUUUGCACAUCAAAUUGGCCAACAACGUUAGCGAAAAUGCUAUCCAUAGAGAAUAGCAAAUUGUUAAUAUUAAUAAUGAUGUUUGUAUUACAAUUUGCUUUGGGUAUGGCCUCAUUGGCUUUUUUCACUGUGGGCCUAACCUAUCUGGACGAUAAUUCCACCUCAAUUGAUAGUGCGGCGGUAAUUGCCACAGUUUUUGGAGCUAAAAUCUUUGGCGUACAAUUUGGCUCUUCACUAAUAUUGGGUGUAGGAGCCACCAACAUAGGCUGGUGGCUGGGCUGGGUGAUUAUAGCGCCAGCUGUUUUAGUAAGUGGCAUUUUAGUGGGUUUAUUUCCCAGGAAACUACCAAAAACUGCUAUACACCAGGCAGCCCAAAGGAUUUUGGAAGAAUCACACAGUCGCCAGUUUGGCAGUCAAUUUUCUACCUACAUUGAUGACACUGGCUUUGGGCCAUCAGUGAAACGGAUUUUCAGCAAUAAAUUAUUGAUGUUCAAUAUUGUGAGCAUAAUGUUUAUACAGGGAGCCUCCAUUAAUUAUUCUCUACAAGAGGAAAGUUAUUUGCAAUCAAGAUUCUUUUUGCCCUUUAGUGAGGAGGAUGGUUUAAUGCAGGAAUGGAAGGCAAGAUUUAUAUCGUUCUUUUUGAAACCACCGGCAGCAGCUAUCAGCAUGUUUAUAGGUGGUCUGGUGAUAUCGAAACUUAAGCUAACGGGAAGAAAAAUUGCUGCUAUAAACAUAGGCAUGGGAGUUAAACUUUUGGCCAUUUAUAUUGCCUUUAUAUUCAUCAAGUGUGAAGUUGGCCCCAUGGGUGGCACUGUCAAUGGCAAGCUCCAGCAGCCCUAUUGCUCGAGACAGUGUAUUUGCAAUCCUACUUCAUUUCUACCAGUUUGCCCGGAAAACUCUACGGUGACAUAUUUCUCACCUUGUUAUGCUGGGUGUUCGAAAAAGACAACAAUUAAUAGUGUGGAGCUUUAUGAAGGCUGCAGUUGUGGCGGCACCAACAAUUAUGACAUGAACACCGCCUUCAACAUUAAGGCCACCGAAGGAGCCUGCAGUGCCAAAACAUGUGCCAAUAUGCUGAUUGUUUUUCAAAUUCUGAGUAUAACAACCGCCUGUAUCUAUGGCAUGACAACCAUAGGAAAGAUCAUAAUUUCCUUAAGAAGUGUGCUGCCUCAAGAUAAAGGUCUGGCCUUGGCCAUGGAAGUAAUGUUUUUGGGAUUAUUUGCCUAUAUACCAGUACAUUUGGCCUAUGAUGUGGUGACUCGUACCACCUGUGUUUAUUGGGCUCCUGAAUAUGCCCGCUGUUUGCUGCGUGAAAAUCCUAAACACGGCAACAUUUUAAAUAUACUUACCGCCAGUUUAAUAUUAGUGGGCAUAAUCUUUGAUAUUUUAGUAUUUAUAUUCAUUAAAGGCUUAAAUAUCUACAAUUGUAAAGUCACCGAUGUCAAUUAUACUCCCUCGCUAUAUGCUCCCGUACCCCAAGGUGAACCUACACAUACCGCUAUUGGGGGUAGUCCAGUUACCACUAUGACUACCACUUCUCGAGAUAAUGUGCUACCGCAACCCAAUAGACCGGCACCCAUACCCAACAACGAAAUUACCGUCUUCCGACAACCGAGUUCUGCAACGAAUUCUUCUGCUGGUGGCAGCAGUGUAGUGGAGCCAUCUUCUACUGGUGUUACCUAUGCUCAAGUGGUAUUUCCUCCCGACAAACGUAAACCCAAUGAUGGCAGCACUAGCCCAAAGCGUUUAGUACCGCGAGCUGAUGUGCCGCUACAUCAUUUGUCCGAAGAGGAUGUAAGAGCUCAACUGGGUAGCUUAAAAUCAUUUAAACCGAAACCCCAAUCCACAACUGGAGAGGAAAAUAACACAACUCAGUCUAAGGCCAUUGAAACAGAUAUAGAUGCAAUAGAUAGCAUGCCUUUAACUGUUAAUACACAGCCUGCCACAGACACGCCAGCCAUAGACACGGAUUUAGAUGCCAUCAGACCACAAAGUCCAGAAACAGAUUUUUAAAUUUUCUAAACACAUUUCACGCCCAUUUUAACAAUAUGGCAUGUGAUGAAAAACGAUCGUUUUCAAAACUGAAUUCAAUAUCAAAAACGAUUUAAGUGUGAUGAAUGGAAUUUGAAACUGAAAUAUGACAAAACGAUUCAAACAAACACAUCACACCUUUUGUCGUUUUGAAAUCGUUUUUCAUCCCAUACCUGAAUGUCUAGUUAUUUUAUAACCUAAAAUUAAACUGACAGUUUUCAUACAAAAAUUAUUUUAUUUAAGUUGGUUUAUAAACAGACAUCCGUGCAAUGGGCCUUAGUAAGUAAUUUUAUUCUAAUUUUAAGAACAAUGCCAAUAUACAUUUUAUAUACAAACUUAUUUUUAUCUUCGAAUUAUAAGAUUUUUCACCCAUUUUUUUAGUUUAAUUUGCAAAUUCCAAUUCAACUGAUCAGCUAGAUUCUAAAUAUUUGACUAUUUUUAUAUUUAAUCUUAUGUUUUCAUUAUAAUUUGGAUAUAAAUUUAAUUUUAAUUUAGUUAUUAAGCUAAAUAUUGGUCAUACAAUUUAAAAGCAAUUAUUUUUUUAUGUUUCCAUAAAGAGAUUUUAAAUAUAAUUUAAAAUAAACUUUAUAUAA